AUGCAACUCCAAGAGCCCUCACGUCUGCUAGGCCUUAUCUUCUGCUGGCUCUACCUCUUGACAGGUGCCAUUGGGACCUCUGAGGAGUCCGAUGGGGUCGAUCUUUCCCUGCGGCUCGGGCCUCGCCCCGCCGCAAUUCGAUUUCCUCACGGAAACGUCGUCUCAGGUCCUUCUGGCUCAAGCGGUCAGCUUACAGAGGCAUCGUCUUCAGGUCAAGCGCAGAGGGAGCGUGACCAGCCAGGCCCCUCCACCAGCUCUAGGCCACUCAUGCAGGGAUCGGGGGAGGCCUCUGCCAUGCGCGGCGUGGGAACGCACAUGGAUCGCUGGCCAGUCGAGAGUUCGCGUCAACUGAUCCAGCGACUGGACGCGCACGAGAACUGGGAGGCGUAUACGCGAAAGUAUCUAGGCAGGCCGCUUGAGCCUUUUGUUCACGACGGAUCGUUCAUCCCUCAAAAAGCUAUGGAGUUCCAGACGCGCAUCGACCUUCUUGUUCGAGCCAAGAGGGAAAAGGCGGUCCUACGUCAACCGUUCAGAAACUGGCGUACGAUGAGCAGGAGCAUCGCAGUCGAUGACAGUACGAGUGUUCGUGUCGCGCCCAAGAUCGUGUACCGCGCUCAUGAGGACCUAGCACUUCUGCGGAGCAAGGAGGACAUCCUUCGCCGACUUGCCCUCAUGGCAUCUUAG